GGCUAUAUCCCCUCUCUUACUCUUGUCGUCUUUUCUCUUCAUUGAAUCUUCUUUUCUCUCUUUCAGAGUUGCCCAUCCACUUCCAUUCAUUUUCUAUCAAGAAAUCAGAAGAAUAAAUAAGCUGAAAUGAUUCCAGAAAAGCUUGUUUACAUUGUCAUCCCUAGCAGCAGUCGUAAUGAGACAGACAAUCUGCAAGAUAAAAACAAGAAAAGUGCAGAACAAACAAGCAAAAACCCAUCUAGCUGAUCAACGAGCUGGGCCAGACAGAAUGGUAAACAAAAUUCUCAUAACGCUAAGAGCAUGACUUUUUGUGGUAAUAAUAUGACUAACAACGAGAGCAUGCUGUUUCUCUUUCAAAUGACUCGCGAUCAUUUGUUUGAAAGAAACCAUUGUGUUGUUGUCUUUGGUUGCAUCGCUAUCACAAAGGAUAGGACCUUCAACCGGCUGGAAAAAAGUAAACAAAACAAAACAACCGAACAUAACAAAGAACAACGUGCUCGUUUGCACUUUUUCAGAAAGAAACCAUAACGAGAGAUUAUAUAACACUCAUUCAGCAUUCUUCUCGUGGUUGCAACCACUUUGGUGCAACUGCAGGGGGCAAAGGUAUUGGGAAGAUAUUUUAAAGCUCCAUUUUAAACCUCAAAGUCAAACAAUAAUUACAAUAUUUGGUAAAUAUAUAAGAAAUUACCCGUAGAUCAGUUUUCGAAAACACCUGUUCGCGAUACAAGUUCUUUUAUUCGCCUUCUGUUUACAACCUCUCUUCUGCUUCAAAGUAGACUCACCCAUUGUUAUUUGUCCCGUGCAUCUAUCGUCUUAACUUCCCUACCUACCCCCCUUCCCACACCCCUUUCCACACCCACACCCAUUCCCACUCCCACAUUCACCCCCACCCUUAGGCCAUCUCUCACAUGUAUAAAAGCCCGGCGGUCCCAGCCAGUCUUUACACCGCUGAGGUCGUCGAGACGUUCUGAACGUCGAACCACUGGUAGGUCCUCAAGAUGGUGGGUUACCUGGGUCAAGCGCUGAUGGCUUUGCUUCUGCUGGCUUUAAGCAACGCUGCCCUAGUGAGGAAAAGUGUUGAUCAGUUGACGUCUGAAGAAAUUCUCAACCUUCAGAAGUCUCUUCGUGAAGUUAAUGACGACACUUCCAACCUCGGCUAUGCGGCAAUCGCUUCGUACCACGGCUAUCCGACACAGUGUAAAGAUGGCGACCGUGAUAUAGCUUGUUGUCUCCAUGGCAGUCCAGUGUUCCCACAGUGGCACAGGCUCUACGUGGUACAGAUGGAACAGGCGCUCAAAGCCAAAGGUCUGAGUAUCGGUGUUCCGUACUGGGACUGGACUCGACCCCUCAACCAUCUGCCCGAGCUAGUGAGCCAACAGGUCUUCAUCGACAGUGAGGGCGGGAAAGCCCGGGGAAACGUCUGGUACCAGGGAGACAUCAACAUAGACGGUCAAGUGGUUCACACGGCGAGAGCUGUGGACGACAGGCUCUUCCAGCAGGUGGCUCCUGGGGAAAAUACCCAGUUGUUCGAAAUGGUUCUGAACGCUCUCGAGUACGAGAACUACUGCCAGUUUGAGGUCCAGUUUGAGGUGGCUCACAACACCAUUCACUACCUGGUGGGAGGACGUCACAAGUACUCCAUGUCCCAUCUAGAGUACACUUCCUACGAUCCCAUCUUCUUCCUGCACCACUCCAAUGUGGACAGGAUCCUGGCCGUAAAACUUGCACUUCUUGGCCCCGGAGCACCCCAGAAAGGAGGAGUCGAAUUCUGUGAUCUGAAAAAUUCCAUGACUCCCAUGGCACCUUUUAGCUGGGACUCGAACCCCAUUGCUCUGACCCGCGACCACUCCUUGCCUCCUCAGACACUGGCGCAUUCCACCUUUGGCUACAGCUACGACGAUCUUUCCUUGAACGGAUAUUCCGUGGAGGAGAUCAGAGCACUUCUGAAGGAGAGACAAACGUACGACCGCGCUUUUGCCAACUUCCGUCUCUUCGGAAUUGGAAGUUCCGCUAACGUCAGAGUGGAGGUUUGUGUGCCCUCCAGUGACAAACUGACUGGUGAUUAUUGUGAAUUUGCCGGAGAUUUCUUCAUCUUGGGCGGUGCCAUCGAGAUGGCUUGGGCAUUCAUAUGGCCUUACUACUUCGAAAUCACUAAGACGGUGCAAAAUCUGGGUGUUGCUUUGGACGGUAACUACAAUGUCCAGGCGCGUAUCUUCAGCGUCAACGGCACAGAACUGCCCAGCAAUCUCAUCCCCAGCCCUUCUGUGUCCUUCAGGCCCGCAGUCGGCAAGACUGACCCUCCCAUGGCGCACGGCGAGUCAGAACACGGGCAUGAGGUCCACGACGGGGUGUCCAUCCGUAAAGACAUCGACACUCUGACCAGGGAAGAGGUCAACGACCUUAGACAGGCCCUAACGAAGUUCCAGAAUGACGCCAGCGUGGACGGCUACCAGGCCACAGCAGAGUUCCACGGAGACCCGGGCAAAUGUCCUUACCCCAACGCCAAGAACCGACUGGCCUGUUGUAUCCACGGCAUGCCCACCUUCCCUCACUGGCACAGGCUCUUUGUCGUACAGGUUGAAGAUGCACUUCGUCGUCGUGGCGCCCAGAUUGGUAUCCCGUACUGGGACUGGACCAAGCCUGGCACUCAGAUUCCUGCCCUGGCUGCUGAGGAGACUUACGUUGAUCCAGAGAACGGCGAGACUGUCAGGAACCCGUUCUUCGGCGCUGACGUAGCUUUCUUGAACAGCGGAGCAAAGACGUCCCGUGACGUGUCCGACAGUUUGAAUGACGUUCCCGAAUGGGGAGAUCACACCAAUCUUUUCGACCAGUAUCUCUAUGCCUUGGAGCAAGAAGAUUUCUGUAACUUUGAGGUCCAGUUUGAAGUAGCCCAUAACUUGAUCCACGCCCUGGUCGGAGGCAACACCCAGUUUGGCCUCUCUUCUCUCUCCUACAGCGCUUUCGACCCCAUCUUCUUCCUGCACCACAGCAACGUGGACAGAAUCUGGGCCAUCUGGACAGCCCUGCAGCAGUACAGAGGAAAACCGUACAAGGCUCAUUGCGCCCAGUCCUACGUGAACCAGCCACUGAAGCCGUUCGCUUUCUCCUCUCCUCUGAACAACAACGAGAAAACUUUCUCUCACUCCGUACCCACCAAUGUCUACGACUAUGCGGAAGAGCUGGGAUACGAUUAUGACAACUUGCAGUUUGGAGGCAUGGGAAUUGCCGAGUUGGACCAGUACAUCAAAAGCACCCAGAAAAGCAAGGACAGAGUUUUCUAUGGUAUUCUUUUGCACGGGAUCAAGAAAGCCGCUCUUGCCACUGUGUACGUGAAGAAGCCUGGCGUUGACACGGAGUACAAUGCCGGACAGUUCGCCCUGCUGGGCGGCCCAUCGGAGAUGGAGUGGCGUUUUGACCGGAACUACAGAUUCGAGAUUACCAAGGCCCUUGAAGAGCUUGGGAUCAACUUUUUGUCUCCAUUCGACGUCCGCCUUGAGAUGAAUGAGUUUGAUGGUACCCCUAUUGACGUGAGUCAGUUCCCCAAGAGUCAGCUAAUCUUCAAGAGAAGGGAUAUUCUGCCCGAAGCGCAAAUUGAUGAAGUCACAGUCCGUAAGAACGUGGACUCUCUGAACGCCGAAGAGGUCUUGGCUCUUCGCCGUGCUCUGGCCAACCUGAAGGAAGACUCAUCUAUCGGUGGUUAUCAGACCCUGGGCAGGUACCACGGAACGCCCCUAUGGUGCCCCGCCCCUGACGCUGAGAAGAAGGUUGCUUGUUGUCUGCACGGAAUGCCCGUGUUCCCCCACUGGCACAGACUUCUGACCGUUCAGGCGGAAAAUGCUCUCCGUCGUCAUGGUUUCUCUGGUGGUCUCCCCUACUGGGACUGGACUCGCCCCAUGACCCAGCUCCCAGACCUUGUGGACUCAGCAAAAUACAGUGACCCCAAAUCUGGACAGGAGCUGGACAACCCCUUUUACAGUGGCCACAUUGAUGACGCCAAUGCUGACACCGUCAGAUCUGUCAGAGACGAUCUUUUCCAACAACCGCCGUUUGGAGGAUAUACCGACAUUGCCAAGCAGGUGCUGCUUGCGCUGGAACAAGACGACUUCUGCACGUUUGAGGUCCAGUACGAGAUUGCUCACAACUUUAUCCACGCCCUGGUGGGUGGCAGCGAGCAGUUCUCCAUGGCCUCACUUCAGUACACGGCCUUUGACCCCAUCUUUUUCCUGCACCAUUCCAAUACAGACAGGAUCUGGGCCAUCUGGCAGGCUCUCCAAAAAUACCGCGGCAAACCUUACAACACCGCUAACUGCGCUAUUGGACAACUUCGCAACCCGCUGUCACCCUUCAGCUUGACCUCUGACAUCAACCCUGACCCCGUGACCCGGGAGCACUCUGUGCCCUUCCAGGUAUUCGAUUACCAGACCAACUUCCACUACGAGUACGACGCUCUGGAGUUCAACGGUCUGUCCGUGCCACAACUGGCGCGCGUUCUGGAACAGAACAAAGCCGGAGAUCGCGUGUUUGCUGGGUUCAUGCUGCACGGCAUCCAACAGUCGGCGCUGGUCAAGUUCUACAUCUGCAAGAGCGACGAUGACUGCAACAACUAUGCCGGAGAGUUCUACGUUCUGGGUGACGUCAACGAGAUGGCCUGGUCUUACGACAGGCUGUACAAGUACGAGAUCACCGAUGCCCUGGCUGCUCUGGGGUUGAGAUACAAUGAUCGCUACAGUGUCAGAUACGAGGUCUUGAAUCUACAAGGAGAAGACAUUGGCCAGCCAUUCCCUACCCCCACUGUUGUUAAGGAAGAUGGAACAAGUCAGCUGUACGGCCAAGAGUACCGUGAAGCUGUGACAGCGGCGUCCUACGUGCGCCGGGACCUGUCCACUCUGAACGAAGGCGAGGUAGAAAGUCUGAGAGCCGCUUUCCUCUCCAUCCAGAAAGACGACACCUACGCCAACAUCGCCGCCUUCCACGGCAAACCUGGACUGUGUGAGCUCAACGGACGCAAGGUUGCCUGCUGUGUGCACGGCAUGGCUACUUUCCCCGCUUGGCACAGACUCUAUGUGGAGCAGGUGGAGGAGGCGCUCCUGGGCCGCGGUUCCAACGUGGCUGUCCCCUACUGGGACUGGACCCAACCCAUCACUGAGUUGCCCAAACUGAUCAACGACGCGACCUACUUCAACUCACGUACUCAAAAGUUCGAGCCCAACCCGUUCUUCAGCGGCAAAGUCUUGGGUGAAGAUGCUGUGACCACCAGAGACCCCCAGCCCCAGCUGUUCAACAACGACUACUUCUACCAGCAGACUCUGUUUGCUCUGGAGCAGACCAAUUUCUGCGACUUCGAGAUCCAGUUUGAGUUGAUCCACAAUGCUCUGCACUCCUGGCUGGGCGGACGUGCUGAGUACUCGUUCUCCUCUCUCGACUACACGGCUUUUGACCCUGUCUUCUUCUUGCAUCACGCAAACACUGACAGGAUUUGGGCCAUCUGGCAAGAGCUGCAGCGUUACAGAGGCCUGCCCUACAACGAGGCUGACUGCGCCAUCAACUUGAUGAGAAAACCUCUACAGCCUUUCAACAACGACGACUUCAACCACGGUGACGCCACAAACAGAUACAGUCGUCCCGCGGACACGUUCGACUACCGCAACCACUUCCAGUACGAGUACGAUACCCUCACCUUCAACCACAUGACGAUCCCGCAGUUGGAGAACCUUCUGCACCAGAGACAGGAGAGCGGUCGUGUGUUUGCCGGCUUCCUUUUGCACAACAUCGGAGCCUCCGCUGACGUGGAGAUCUACAUCUGUGUGCCAACUGGACCACGGGGCAAGAAGAACUGCGGAACCAGAGCCGGAGUAUUCUCCGUCUUGGGUGGACAGCUGGAGAUGCCCUUCGUGUUUGACCGUCUCUACAAGUAUGACAUCACGCGCGCUGUGAGAGACCUGGGACUCAGGCCGGACAGUGGUGCCAAGUUUGACCUGAAGAUCAACAUACACGCUGUCAACGGAAGCUAUCUGAACCCCAGCCUCCUGCCGGCGCCAACGGUUCUCUACGUACCCGGAUCUAACGAAAGACAAGAGGCUGACGGUCAGGUCGGAAACUACCUUGUGAGGAAGAACAUCGCUAGCCUGAGUCCCCAGGAGGAGUUGUCUCUCCUGAAAGCCAUGGCUGCCCUUCAAGCCGACAGUUCCGCUGACGGAUACCAGUCCAUCGCCUCCUUCCACGCUAUCCCCCCUCUGUGUCCAAGCCCCAGUGCCAGCAAAAGGUACGCGUGCUGUCUGCACGGCAUGGCCACCUUCCCCCAAUGGCAUCGUCUGUACACCGUCCAGGUGGAGGAUGCCCUCAGACGUCACGGCUCUCUCGUGGGCAUCCCCUACUGGGACUGGUCACGCCAGACUGACCAUCUGCCCGGACUCCUGGCCAACCCAACCUACACUGACGUGUACACCGGACAGACUAUCGACAACCCCUGGUACAAGGCCAAAAUCGAAUUUGAGAACUCCGUUACGGAGAGAGAUGUUCAGGACACCACCCGUGACAUACAAGACUCUCUGUUCAACCCCCGCACGAUCAACGGCUACAACUAUCUCUACUACUUAGCUCUGAGCACUCUGGAAGAAGACAGCUUCUGUGACUUUGAGAUCCAGUACGAAAUUCUCCAUAACGAGAUCCACGGUCUUAUUGGUGGACAUGGCACCUACUCAAUGUCUACGCUGGAUUACUCCGCGUUUGAUCCUCUAUUUAUGAUCCACCAUUCCAGCAUCGACAGAAUCUGGGCAAUCUGGCAGCAACUGCAAAAACUCCGGCGCAAACCUUUCAACUCUGCCCGCUGUGGUGGCGCCAUCAUGGAGGAACCUCUCCAACCCUUCAGCUAUUCUCAGAUCAACACCAAUGACUUCACCAGGAUGAACUCUCAACCCAGCAAAGUGUUUGACUAUGCUCAUCUCGGAUAUGAGUUCGACAACCUGGAGCUGAAUGGCCAUGAUGUGAACGAUUUGAAUAACAUCAUCAAUAGACUGAGAGAUCAGGACAGAGUUUACUUGGCCUUCAACAACUGUGGAAAACAAGGCUCUUUUGCUUUUGAUGUCCACUUCGAGACUGCCGAGAAUAAUGUUGUACCACUUGGCCGCUUCUACGUUCUUGGUGGGGAGCGCGAAAUGCCCUGGUGUUUUGAGAGAGUUUUCAAGUAUGACGUCACUGAAGUACUUCAAGCCAACAAUGUUGACAUCCACAAGCCCGUCAAGAUUGGAGGUCAGCUCUUCAGAUACGAUGGCGAGCACGUCCAGAACUUCACCACUUACUACGCCACGUUCAUUGAACGUCCUGCCGGAGUGGAUUACGAUAUCAUAAACAUUCCUGUCAUGCGUAACAGUUCUAUCAAUCCUAAGACUGUUGUCAAGAAGGGAACUCGCGUUCGUUUCGUCACCGACGGUGUUGAAACACCCAUGGAAAAUCUGGGCAGUUUCACAAACUUCCACUUCUGCAACAUUCCGCCUUUCUCCUACCACUCCUUCCCGUUCGGCGAGGUGCAUGCCCUGAGCCCUGGCGACUACUUCUUCGUCAACAGAGACGUUGACUUGUGUAACUCUGGCAGGAAACUGCAGAUCACAGUGGCCGACGAGUAACUCUUUCUAAAGUUGCUCUGGAGCAAGCUUCACCUAUGAGACAUGACGUCAGACGUGGAGAAGCUAUCAGAUCAUCUUAUUCGUCGUGCAAAUCCCCCAAAGCAAAGUUUGUGAAAUCGAAAAAUGGAAACGGGUAAUACAAAGGAAAACAGGACCACAGUCUUUCUCUUUAGCUUAUAUGCCAUUUGAGCACCCACUUUCUUGCAUUAAGUGGCUGUAUUUUGUGUUCAUAUUUCGUAUUGACUAUGGAUAUGUGUUGAAACAUUUGUUGUUUUAUUAUUAUUUUAAAAAAUCAUUUUUGGAGUCAAGACUCAGA